AUGCUGCAGCAGUUCGCAUCCGCGAGGGCCAUUCCACUCUUUGCAAGGCCCAGUGCCCUGCCUGUGUGCAACCCCAGCGUCUUGCCCAAGUUUGGGGUGAUGGACCCGGUCGCCGUAUUUGCAGCAAGUCCCCAGGAGUUGCUGGCAGCACGACACGCCCUGGAGACGGGGAGGGGUGGCAACGUAUGGGAGUCCCCCGCAGGCUGUCUCAUGGUGUCGGCGGCCAUGCGCCUCACCAUCUCGGGCCAGCGCCUCCCUUUCCUCCAGUACCUCGUCUCGAUGGCCGUGGUGCAGGCUGUGCGGGAGGAGGCUGCUCGGUGCCUGCAGGGUGGCGCUGGGUUGGAGGUGCGACUGAAGUGGCCCAACGACAUCUACGCUGGCGAAUACAAGAUCGGCGGCGUGCUGUGCCACUCCGCAUACCGGGACCGUGCAUUCCACCUGGUCUGGGGUCUGGGGCUGAAUGUGGGCAACCGCGCGCCCACCACCUGCCUGGACCGGCUCUUUGAAGAGGCAGCCGUUGCGCGCAGCCUGCCUGCCCCGCCGCCGGCCCGGCCCGAGCGCCUGCUGGCCUCCCUGCUGGGCUGGCUGGAGCCCGCCGUAGACGGGCUGGCGCAGCACGGCUUUCAGCCCUUCCAGCCGGGGUACCUGCGGGCCUGGCUGCACAGCGGGCAGCGCGUGGAGCUGGAGGAGGCAGGCAGCCGCGUGGCGCUCACAAUUGAGGGGCUGACGCCCGAUGGGUACCUGCUCGCGCGCGAUGACGCGGGGCUGGCCUACGAGCUGCACCCCGACGGCAACAGCCUGGACUUUUUCAGGGGUCUCGUGCGCAAGAAGCUGCCGGCCGCGUCGUGA